AUGAGGUCCAUUAUCAUUCUUGCCGUUUUCUGUCUGGUGGCCACCAUAGCAUCUGCUGGCUACUUUGGUGGCUAUGGUCUUGGCUACGGAGGAUAUGGCGGGUACGUAGGAUAUGGCGGCUACGGACGUGGCUAUGGCGGCUACGGUGGAUACGGCCUUGGAUACGGUGGUUAUGGCCGCGGUUUUGGCUUCGGAGGCUAUGGUGGUUACGGUGGAUAUGGAGGUUACGGCGGAUAUGGUGGCUACGGUGGACAUGGCGGUUAUGGCUACGGCCAUGGCUUCUACGGCUAG